AAACACCCUUACGUACCAGACAACAGUGAGAGAACUGAGACCACAUAUUGGGAACAGAUUCAACAAAGACUCAAUAUAUACACUAUCAGGAACCAUACAUACACUUGUACAGGUGAGCAUGAUCAUCAUCCUUGGCAAGAGAAAGUCUGUGGUUACCAAAUAUAUUAGUAUAAAUUGCUAUGGUAGGCAUAGUAAAGUGAAUAUGCUUGGGGAAUCAGGAAUCUGUCGACUAAGACAUCUAUUGCAGUGCCUGACAUGCCUAAAGCGAUUCAUGUCUUAUAAUAAAUGUAGAGGGGCAUUACCUGAUGUAUUUAUAAAGGAACAUUUUGUUAUUGAGCAAUACUAAACACUACUAACACAAAAAACAUAUUGAAAUAUAUAUAUAAAGCUUCAUAGUUCUACUGAUAAAUAGUGGAGAUAUGUUUUAGCUUACAGAUGUGCUUUGUGUGUGAUGUGAGCCCUCUUUUUUUCAUUUUACAAAAAGUGCAGAUUUCAAUAGAAAUUGGUAAUAUUAUAAAUUAGCUCUGUUGCACCCUCCCCCUCUUUUCCCACCCGCUGUCAACCUGCUAUUUCCUGGUAUUUUAGCUCAUUGGUGCUGAUAGCCCCGAUCUGGGGGAGUAACAAAUUCAAAUUUCACCCAGAUCGGUUCAGGGGUUUUUAAAAAGUGUGGAAGUCUUAAGUUACCGACCGCACACGAAGCUCUUGCCCAAACUAGUUCCACGAAUUCAGUGUGUGUGGUCAGCCGAUUUUAGUUCCAGACACUCGACGACCAAGUCCCGCUGCCUUUGUCUCGAACAAACAAGAUGGCCGCCGUUUUCUCCGCCAUGUGGCAAUAGUAUAUACGAAUGGCAGCCACCCUGAGAGAGCACUUAAUUGACGGGCUCCUUUGAAGUCAAUGAGCCAGGAGGGUGUUCAGUAGUUUCAAUCUACCAAACUAAUGUGGCAUAAACUAAAAGAAUAAACCAAACAGACGAAUGCUCAGAGAAAACCCCAAACUCCCGGUGGGUUUUCUCACAGGCCUUAUUGCCACAAAUGUAAUCUUUUCUCAAGAUCCUGGGAAUUAUCUUACCAUGAUUUCCCAGCCACUUUUGAAACCAUACUAUAUUGUGGUGCACAUGAUUUUGACAGCUCCACUCAUAAUUUGUCUGUUUGUUCAGGGCAAGCAUACCUGGAGACACACAAAGCUUUCAAUGUUGGGCAAAAACAUAAACUGUUACCAUAUCGCGUGGUGUAUCGUUAGGUUCCAUGUUAUAUGUUAAGGUAGCAUUUCUACAAUCUGUUUCCCCCUCGUGUACCUUGGGUAAACUGGCAAAGUGACCUUUUAUUUUUGCUAUGUGAUUCAUGGACAUGGGCCCCAGACAUAUUGUAGGUGGAGAGAUUAUACCAGCAAUUUCUAAAUAUGUCCCUUGAUCUGUGUUAUGCUUCCGCUAGAAUUAGAUACAGGAACACAACUGCAGAAUUACUUGGUGGUACUAUACCUUUAAGAAAAUUAAAGGAAUUACUUGAGAAGUUUUAUUUAUCUUCUAUCUCUUGUGUAAUGAAAAUAAGUUGUAGAAAAUUAUAAUUGCUUCUAAUAGCAGUUUUGCAUGCAGCAUGAAAUAAAAAGAAAAAAAAUGUCUUAAAUGAAUAGUUGCAACAGUAGUAGCAAACAAAAGUAACAAAUCCUUAUUUACUUGAAAUAGGAGUUAGCAUUCAGCAUUAAACAAAAAUUGAAGUGAAUUGCUUGAAGAUUUGCAACAAUAUAUCAAGAGAAAAAAUAAGUGUUUACAAUGUAGAUCAAGUAGUUGUAUCUUUUGUUAAUAGCAAGUAGCUGGAUUAGGUAGGAAAUAGUUGGUACUUAUGGUUUUCCAGGUAAACUCUGUGGAUGAUUUUCUUGGCUGGCUCGGAGUGUUAGGAGACAUCCAGCUGUAAUAUGAACCAUGGUUCAACUUUUUUGAUAGUGAUAGAAGAAUUUCUGGUGUCAGCCCUGGUCUGGGAAAGGAGAUCUAGGUCCGAGUAGAGUUUCAAGGAGUGGAGAUCAGCCUGGCGUUCGAGGUUGAGACAAAAUCACUCAGCAGUUUGAAUUUGGCGCAGCCCCCCUAUAAGGCAGGUGAGUAUUGCGUCAUUUAAGUGGGAGGAGCUUACUUUCGAACGCAGAAGUAACCCCGGGGGAACUGAGUUUUGGUAAGCUCUGACAAUCUGAGAGUGCAUUAUGAGUAGAGUGAUCUACAUAUAUUUGAACCUCAUAUCUAUAAUCUGUUAAAUUCUAAUCAUUCAUUGAUAUUGGUACACCAAUCAAAGGGAUUCCUUUACAAGUGGCAGGAAUAUGGGAACAUAUCCAGCAGUUGGUCGCAUUCAGCUGCUUGGCAGUUUGUUGAUGUAUAAGCCAGAUGGAAUUUGUCUGCUUCCCACCGUCCACCUGUGCGUAAAGGCAUAAAACACAGAAAAACAAGCAGGGCAGUACAUGCAUUUUGACAGUUUGUUAAUCAUUUUUGUCCCCAGUGGCCUCACCCUUUGAACGAUCUCGUCCUCUGGGAGUAGCCCUGUACCCAAUAGCUGCAGUGGACUGAAGCCGAAUUUAACCAGUGUCCAAAGGCCGCACACAGGGGUACUCAAAGACUUUGCACUUACAGACCAAGGCACAUUUAGUAAGAAACUCUGCAUCAGCCCACACUUAUCCUUCUAUGAUUUUUGUCCCUUUGCUUUGCAGACUAUAGUUAGUGACAAUUUACUUGACAAACUAACGUUUUGAGGCAGCACAAUCACACGCUGUAAAGGACACUGAUACGGUGGGCAGGCCCUCCGGUCUGCAACUCUGCCCGGUGUGAGCUGCAGAAAACGUGAUGGGGUUCUCACAAGCUCUGGACAGAGCGUUGCCAUGGGAGCUCACGAGGCCUCCAUUACAUGGUCUGCAGCUCACACCCUGCAAAGCUGCAGACCUGAGGCUCUCUCCCCGGGCAGACUGUUGGAGGUGCCCCGCACCCGGUGUUGGGCCCUCGGUCAAUGACCGCAGACCCGACAAAUCAGUCUGUCCCAAGGCGAUAUAGGCUGCUGCGAGGCCUUAGGUGGCUGCCUAAUUUGCCCAAUUAGAGAGCUGCCUCACUGCAUAUAUAUGCAUGUGUGGUGGGUGGUUGAAAAUGUCAUAGCUGUGUGUGCUGUAUGUGGCUGGCUGUGUAUGAUGUGUGUGUUUUGGUUGUGUGGGAUGGAUGAGUGGAUGGCUAUUAUUGUUGUGUGAGUAGCUAUUAGUGAUAUAUUUGGGCAGCUGUUAGUUGUUUCUGGCUGUGAGGCAUGUGUGUGGCAGUGUGCCUAAUUUGUUUAUAGAAAUGUACACAAAUAAAUAGGGGCUGCACCACAAGGGAUAGUGGGAUAUAGUCAAUGUCAGAAAGUUUAAAGAUGUAGAAGAGAACCGUUGGGUUCACACCAAAUGGUGUCUUUAUGAUAUAUUCAGCGACAGGUGUGGAUUCCUGAGGCUUGGGAAUGGUUUUGGUAAUCUGUCUCUCUGAUACUCAGUGAUAUAAAAUGGAGAGAAGAAGGGGAAAAGGACCAAAUAGUGCAAUAUGUCUCACAUAAAGUGGUUGUAGUGAAAUAAUAAUAAUGCACUCCCAUUUGGCAGAGCUAUGGCUAGCUCUAGCGUCUAACGCUUGUAGUGGUACAAUCCCCACUUCGGGAUAUAGUGUAGAUAUUCUCAGUGUUUUGGUUAGCUGGAGCUACUAUGGCUGUAUCUAGCUUCUCGCCUCUCUCCUUCCCCCUUCAGUUUGAGGAGAGAAACGAAAAGCUAGACACGGCCAUAGUAGCUCCAGCUAACCCAAAUACUGAGGAUAUCUACACUAUAUGUGUGGUUAGCUAUGGUGGGUAUUUUACUGUGUAUGGGUAGCAGUCAAUGAUGUUUGUGGAUAACUAUGGGUGAUGUGUGUUGCUGUAUUUGUGACAAGUGGAUGUCUGUGCAUGGGUAGAUUAUUGUCAUGUGUGUGGUGAAACUACAUUUAUUGUUCGGGGGUAAUUUUUCCAUAUUCCCUGUUGGACCAGUAGGAUCAGAAUCUGGUGAAAGGACCUUAUGGAUUGCAUUUCUUGAAAAUCACUAUAAAUGCUCCUUCUCUUGCAGGACCAUGAGGGAGCAUAAAAAGUGAUCUGCACCCACCUGAGGUUCAGACUAUGAUCUCCCUUGCAAAAAAACUGUUGGCUCUCCAGCUGCAUUAGUGUGUGCAUCUGCACACCAGGUUCACCUAGUCUGCAUGCCUAUGGCCAGCCCAGUGAUAGUGUAUUUUUUUGUCUAUACAAAACUGCAUGGUUAAAAGGGUGCUGGGUUUGUUGUGUUCUCCACAUUAUUGCUCAACUACCAUUAAAUGUUAGUUACUCUCUUUCUUUCCUCAGUAGUUGUGUUUAACACUUGUAUGUAGAUGCCACAGAAUUACAUAUCCAGUGACCAAUGAGUAGCAAUAUCUAAUGGGAACUGCAGAUUAUUAACUCCUCACAAUAGAUAUCCACCUAAUUACUUUCCCUCUCUCACUCAGGUUUCUCAGCAUGGCAAUGUCACCGGAAAUGUUUCAGGAAUUGGAAACAAUGACCUGCCUGCUAAGUGGAGCUUCCCAACUCACCUCACGGAUUGGCCGGGUUAGCUUAGCUGCUUUCUUCUUUGUUCGUUUUGGUAUUUUGGCGGUGGGUGCUCGGUCAAUUUGGAUGGAAGAGGAGAAGAGCUUUAUUUGUAAUUCAUCACAAUUACUCUGUGCUCCAAGUUGCUUUGAUGAGUUCUCUCCCAUCUCUUCAUUUAAUCUGUUUGCUCUCCAGCUCGUGGUGUUGAUUACACACGCCUUGUCUGUAACCUGUUGGAACCGUUCUACUAACCAGGCAGCAGAGACACAGUUGCAGGCAUACUUAAGAGGGAGAAAGGUUCAAGUUGUUUUGCAUAUACUUUGUCUACUGAGUAGAGUGGUCAUUGAGGGCAUAUUCAUCUUUACUUAUUAUGAAAUGUCAGGAGGGUUUCUACAUCCAGCAGUGACAAAAUGUCACACUCAGUUAUGUGAGAAGAAUGUAAUCUGCACAGAUUUGAACUCAUUCAGUAAAAAUGUUUUUAGUUUAGGACUCUGUGCAGUAUCGGUGCUCAGUAUACUCAUCUGCCUAAUGGAGGUGGUAAUCUCUCCAUUGCACAGGCACCCACCUAAGUAAUCCAUAGCACCAGCCCUGUCCAGUAGAAGGCAGCAUUAGUAGUCAAAUGUUAAAAGAGUAAACUCAUUUUUCAUUGCAUCUGUAUGAUGUCACGGCAAUAUCUAUCAGUAAACUCAAUGUAUCUAGUGUCUGCUACUGAAACUAUAUUUCAAUUAAGUAAAUAUGUAUAUAUGAAAACAACGCAAAAUAAUUCUCCAUGAUUUAUUUUUAGUAUUAUAGAUAUUGAUUAAGCGCCAACAUAUUCUGCAUCAUUGUUCAAUUGGGGAAGAUGGACAGUACAAUAUAAACAAACUAAUGUAGAAGGAAUACAGGACCUUGCCCAUAAGCUUAGAUCUAGCAUUUACUGCACUUUUAUAUAAAGCAAUAAGCUAGAUAGCCCGUGAGCUUACAAUCUAAAGGUAAUAAUGAGGACUUGAGACAAGAGGGAGCAGGGUUAAUGUUAAGGUAAUGAACAGGGAGCUUUAGAGCAUUUGCACAGACUAUGAAGAUGCAAUGUGAUUGAGGUGGUAAUUGGGGGAGAUGCCAGACAUGCUAUAAAUGAAUCGGAAACCAGGGUAGUUGGAAGGAGGGAAGGUAAGUUGGGCAGAGCUUAGUUCAAAGUGAGGGUAUUGCUUGGACUGGAUUUGAUAUAAGUGAGUGUAAGACCAGAAUGAGAAGAUGACAUGUAGCAGAAGGUAUGUACUGCUGGGGAAAGUAGUGGACAUUGUAAUAACAGGGAAAGGGAGAAAAAAAUGUGUGGAGUUUCAAAAUACAUUCUAUAUCCCAAGAAAUUAAUCGCAUGUCUAGUAAAUGCCAGUAGACAAGCAUUUACAAAAAAUAGCAUUAAAAAAGUAACAGUAACAAGAGUAACAAUAGAGGUAAUGGGGGAAAAAAUAAGAUAUGUGGCAACAGAGGGAGUAAACAAAAUGCAGAAUACUGGUGCUUUAGUGUCUUCAAAGCUGCUCCCAGUACUCAGAAGAGCUUGCCGGAAAUUGCUGGGGACAAUUGAGGAUAUUGCUUGAAGCAGAUUUCAUGUAUGUGAGAAUGAUUUGAAGAAAAUGUAAAAAAAAAAAAAAAAAACAUGGGUGGGGUGGUUAGCAGGCAUUGAGACUAGUCUCAUGGAAUUGGAGCUGUUCUACAAAACAUUUGGGCUAAACUACUAUAUUCUGAAACUUGGAAAUUGAUGAUAUCCAACAAUGUCCUACUGACACCAUGAGGAGACGUUCCCAACAAAAUCUUCUUUUCUAGGCUGGUAAGCAGCAACAAAUGGCAGACCUAUCACAUUCCUACAUAUCUGUCUUGGAGGAUGAAAGCAAGGUCUACUCAAAAUUAUACUGCCAGUAAACAACCAGUAUCCUCAGAAAAGUUGUCUACAAAGAGGGAUAUAACUAACCUCAACAGGAACCCUCCCAAUGUGGUUCCCUUCGUGCCUUCCACUCACAACACUCCAGGAUAGGACUGUGGACUGUUUCUACUGGUUCCAAUGCUCCUUUAUUCAUGUAUGGUUUAAUGCCUCAGUGGACUUAGGUUUCAUACUGCAUAGUGAAUAUCCCCCCUUCCACCCACUUUGAGGUUAAGAAGCAUUAUUCUCUGAUUUUUAAGGUAUAAACAAUUAAUAGAAGCAGAUCCUAUAUACCGACCUUAUGUUUAGUUUCUCUUUUUUUAGUUAUCUCCCUCCCAAUUGAGAUAGCACUGGACUUUGUCUUUUCCGUUUGUUCGGUACGCCUAAUUUUAUGUUUAUUGUAUGUUUUUGACAUUUUUGUUUCUCUGUAAUUAUUUCUUACAUACUUAAAACUGCAUCAUGAUGCUUCUUUUAUUGUCCAGUUCUAUUUCCACUGUUCUAAUUUUCUUAUGAUUACAUUUCUGUUGUCAAUGAUAUCCAAAUAAAAAAAGAUUUACAAGAAAAAAAAGGAACAUUUUUAUAGACUGUUUAAACUAAACAAAACCUGCACAGGAAAAUAUGUCCCGCCCUAGAAAGAUGGAUCGGGGAAGCAGC